GUGUACGAUUUGAGACUUCCGUUUCAACGCCGUGCGUAAACUGUGGUGAAAUCAAAACCAUAUUUUAGAUCUCAACUAGAUCUAGUUUUUAAAUAAAUGCCUCCGAAAAAGAAACCAAAUGAACCUAGCAAAAAAACUGAAGUAAAGAAAAAGGAAAAAAUUAUAGAGGACAAAACUUUUGGCUUGAAGAAUAAAAAAGGUGCCAAACAGCAGAAGUUCAUUAAAAAUGUUACGCAGCAAGUCGUCCACGGCAACCAGAAAUCUAGCAGAUUGGAAGCACAACAGCUAGCAGAUAAAGCUGCUAAAAAAGAUGAGAAGAAAAAGCUGCAAGAGGAGAUCAAUGCUCUUUUUAAACCCGUGGCUCAGACUGUGUCUAAAGGUGUGGACCCCAAAUCCGUGCUGUGUGCAUUCUUCAAACAGGGGCAGUGUUCCAAGGGAGAUAAGUGUAAGUUCUCACACGACUUGACCAUUGAAAGAAAAGGAGAGAAAAGAAAUAUUUAUGAAGAUAAAAAAGAAACAAUGGAGAACUGGGAUGAAGCUACGCUUGAAGAUGUCAUUAACAAAAAACACGGAGAAAGUGAUUCAAACAAACUUAAAACUGCAAUUAUUUGUAAAUUUUUCUUGGAUGCAGUUGAAAGCAGUAAAUAUGGUUGGUUUUGGGAAUGUCCCAAUGGAGUGAAGUGUAUAUACAGGCAUUGUCUACCUCCAGGGUUUGUGUUAAAGAAAGACCAAAAGAAAGCUGACACAGAAGAUCAAAUAACAAUAGAGGAGCUUGUUGAGACUGAGAGAGCUGCAUUAGGUUUGAAUGUGACCAGAGUUACAUUAGAGACAUUUAUUAAAUGGAAAGAACGAAAGAAACAAGAAAAAAUUGAGAAACAUCUGGCAGAUCAAGAAAAGAAAAAAGCUGAUUACAAAGCUGGUCGUACUGUAGGGAUCAGUGGUCGACAGAUGUUUGAAUUCAAUCCAGACCUUGUACUUGGGGAUGAUGAUGAAGCUCAGGAAGGAGAGAUUGAACGAGAAGUAGAAGAAGAGGAGCCAGACACCAAUAUAGUAGAUAUCAGUGAAGGUCAGUGGGUCGCUGUAGAAGUGGACAACACUGGGACACAGGCCUCUGCAGACAGGUUUCAACAUUUACAGGAUAUGAUAAAAAAUUUAAAAAAUACUGAGGAAGCCAGUAAACUGGAUGAAGCUGCCGCUCUCUCAACUGAUAGCGAUUCCAGGCUUCAGGAGGAUGAAACUGAUGCUGCAAUCGCUGCUGCGGUGGGUGCCACAGUCAAUGGCAACCUUGACAUUGAUGAGGAGUUGUUUGAUGGAGAGGAUAUAGAUUUGAUAGAGGAUGACUUAGAAACAUUAGAACUGAAUGAAGACACAGUUGAUUUGUGAUCCAGGCUGAAAACAGAUGCUUUAAUCUCAGAUGUUGUUUCCAUUCACAGAUGUGUUAGCUUCACUAAGUGAUGACUGAUAUGGAUAGGUUUGACUUCUUUAUAGCAAUCAUUAUAUAUAUAAAUUUGAUUCUCUUGAACAUUUUAUGUAGAAAAUGUCCUGAUGACAUUAAAUUUUUCACUCCUUUCAUUAAGCGUUGUAUGAGGAUAAAGCAUUGCAUAUAGCAGUAAGAUAUUUACAUGCAACUUUUCUGAAGUUGACAUCAUACUAGUCUACACAAAUUUUUAAUUUUUUUUUUCCUUUGAAAAAAAAAAAAUCAGUUCCCCCCCCCUUUUUUUUUCCCCCUGCUGCUGCCAAACUAGACUGUUUAGCGUGUGUGAUAUUGAGGAUUUUGUUGUUUGGUGAUAUGUGUGACAAUACAUAACUGAACAUGUUCAUUGCUUUUUGAAAUUAUUUUCUUGGCCUGUGCUGUGAGCUUAUUGAUCACUCAAUUUCAAAUUGUUUCAACUCCAUUCUCCUCUCAUCUGCCCCAUCUAACCCUAGAACUCAUAGAUAAUUUGAAAUUAAAAAGUUUGUAACUCAUUGUUGGUCCAGAAAUGCAGUCAAUUGUUUGUUUCACAUAGUCUUUAAGAUAAAUUCAUACAUGUAUGAUAUCUGUUACAUUGAUUGCCAACUGUUCUCUGGUCUACAGACUCUUGUGUCAUCAUGAGUCUGCAUGUAAAUCCAGGAACAGCUUCUUUUAAAGGAUAGUUUUAUGCUGUUUUUUUAAAUGGUUCAUCUAAAACAACAACAACAUUCAUAUUCAAAACAGGUUCUCCUGUGGUAGACAUGGUGGUGGAUUCGUAGAUUGCAUGAUGAACAUUAAGUCUGCAAAUAACACUAAUUUUUGUUCUUAAGAUGAAGUGUAGAAGAAGCUGACUGGCAAUAUAAAAUAGAUUUCAAAGGGGCUUUGCUGUCUUAAAUAAAAAAGGAUAGAUUAUGAUUUAGGACCAUUAUUGUCUGUCCUUCAAGCCCUCAUACUUAACAAUGUUAUCAUCAGUUGUAAUUUGUCUGGCUACAAAGGUUAUUGGAAGAUAUAAUGAAUUAAAUGCAAAUUGUAUUAUUUGAAUAAAUGUUUUAAAUCAAUGUAA